UUUUUCCCCUGCUGCUGCUGCUAACGUUUAACGGUAGAUGCUAAAGCGACGGGAGGGGCGGCUGGUUCGGGCUUUUCUAGCUAGCUGGCCUCGGUGGAUCGAGACCGUAAAAGCGUAAUCUGUCAGUUCUCCGUCGGUCGACGCCAGCGACCGUUGCUGUUUGAUGAAUUCGGUAUGGAGAAGGUAGCGGAGCCGUCUUGGACCUCUUCGUACACCUACCAGGUGAGCAAGCACAGCGCGGAGAUGCUACACAACCUCAACGUUCAGAGGAAAGAUGGAGGCAGGUUCUGCGACGUGAUCCUGCGCGUCGGCGAGGAGAGCUUCCCCGCUCACAAAGCGGUGCUGGCCGCCUGCAGCGAGUACUUCGAGUCGGUGUUCGGCCGUCAGACGGAGGGCGAGGGCGACGCCAAGGAGCUGGAGAUGCACACGAUCAGCCCGAAAGUUUUCAAAGACAUCCUGGACUUCGCGUACACCUCCAGGAUCGUGGUUCGGCUGGAGUGUUUCCCGGAGUUGAUGACGGCCGCCAAGUUUCUGCUGAUGCGGUCCGUCAUCGAGAUAUGUCAGGAGGUGAUCAAGCAGUCCAACGUCCAGAUCCUCGUCCCGACCACCCGGGGAGGAGAGGCCAGCCUCUUCCAGGCCGCGGGGGCCACGGAGCUGGGUUUCCCCGUGGCUCCGCCGGACCUGGUGAACGGAACGGGUAUAUUGUUAAACGGCCAGGGCUUUGUGAACAGCACGCAGAUGCAUUUGGACCAGAGCGGAGACACGCCAGCAGUGCUGCUGGAGGACGGCUGCGAGUCGUCGGUGCCGAUGUUGGAGCCUGUCGAAGGACUUUCUAUGUCCCCGUCGGCGGAAAUCACGGGGAGCAUGUUUCAUCACGACGCUGGCUCGCCUGGAUCCAAGCGAGGAAGAGGGAGACCGAAGAAGGAGGCUGUCCACUUUAAUCACAUUAACCAGAAGGACAACGGACAGCUGUUCCCCUGCGGGGCCUGCGGGAAAGCUUUCACAGAAGCGUCUCGGUUAAAGAACCACGAAGCGCAGCACGGAGCCUCCACCGGGGGCGUCCACAGCCUCGGAGACGGCCUGUCGGCUCCGGGGGGUCUGUCUUUACUAUCGCAGUCCGGCCUGCUGGAAAACGGGGUGCAGCUACCCGGAGGACUGGCGCUGGACAACAACCGCAAGCGGGAGCGGACCAGGCGGCACGUGGGUUGUGACAUUUGCGGGAAAGUUUUCCGGGACGUGUAUCACCUGAACCGACACAAGCUGUCCCACUCCGGGGAGAAGCCGUACGCGUGUCCCGUGUGCGGGCUGCGGUUCAAGCGCAAGGACCGGAUGUCGUACCAUGUUCGGUCCCACGACGGCUCGGUUGGCAAACCGUAUGUGUGCCAAAGCUGUGGGAAGGGUUUCUCCAGACCUGACCACCUGAAUGGACACAUUAAACAAGUGCACACGACAGAGAGACCCCACAAGUGCCAGAUUUGUAAUGCCUCCUUCGCGACGAGAGAUCGCCUCCGGUCGCACCUCGCCUGCCACGAGGACAAAAUUCCCUGCAAAGUUUGUGGGAAGUUCCUGCGAGCCGCAUACAUGACGGACCACCUAAAGAAACACAGCGAGGGAACUCACAACUACUGUGGCAUUUGCAAUAAAGGUUUCUCCACUGCAUCCUACCUUAAGGUUCAUAUAAAGACACACCAUGGCUCAUCACUGCCCACUUCUGGCACAAUGCACACCUUCCCUGAUCCCAGGGGGGAGCUGCAGCUCCAGAUGCACAACGGCACCCCUUACCAAACGGGACGCCAGUGCUCACUGGAAGACGGGCAGGAAAACGCCGGCAAGUGUCCCCACCUGGAGUCGGAGGAGUCGGAUACUUCGCUAAGGGAAUUGUCCAACGUCGAUGAGCUCAAGUCUCCGACCAAACCCGACGGACCGGAGCUUGAGAUGCCCUCCCUCGCUUGCAACGGGGCUCCCACCGGGAUUCUUGGCUCUCCAGAUGCUUCUAAAGCCAACGGAGACCCUGAGAAGAAAUUUAUCUGUGGGAUCUGUGGCCAGGCGUUUCGCACCAAGUCCUACCUCAACAAGCACCAGCACCGAGUUCACAAAGCCCAGCGGGCCCACGGGGUCCCGGGGUCUGGCUUAACCGAGAUGGCACCUUCCCUAACGUCCCCUUUCUCCCCCCAACAAAACAUGUCCCUCCUCGAGUCAUUUGGCUUUCAGAUAGUCCAGUCUGCCUUCGCCUCGUCUCUUGUGGACGCUGAGGCAGGUCAGAGUGGAAUCGACUUUGGAGGGAAGUAACGGUUUCUCGGAGGCUUUUACAGGCCGCCGUUUGGCCUCUUCAUUCUUAGGAUAAAGCCGGGUUGCCCACAGAAAACGCCCCGUGUUUGGGAAAAACUUUGCCUCAAGACUACUCUUUUUGUUUGUCUCGUUGCUUAACCUGCAUCCAGAGUUUUUGUCAGAAACUGCCAUUGAAGUCCUACUUUUCUACUUUUUCAGAGGACAAAAAGGAGUGUGUUCACCAUUUAAAGUUUGUGUGUAAAGAAAUUAGUUUUUUUUCCCACUGAUGUCAGUCUCUGAAGGUUAUGUUGCAUUUCUUUCUCCGAUGGUUUUAUUCUGAGUUUUCUCAGCUGCACAGAUAUUCUACUCAUGAGAUGACUUAUUGACAUUGCUGUUAGGUGUAGUUGCUAACUGACUCACUUUAGCUGCUCUCGCGAGCUUUAAAAUGGAUCCUUGGCCAUCCCAGCAAUCACAGAUGUCUUUACCUCAGAGCAACAGCAGGGCUUAUAUUUAGAUUCAUGUAAACGUCAUUUUGUUUUCGAGAUGGGAAUUUAAAUUGGCUUCAGUGUUGUUUUUUUAUGUUACAUUGUUAAGAUGAAACAUGCCUAACAGGCUGACACUAUUUGGGAUGCAGCACCCAAUCGGCUCAUCACCCUGGUAAAGAUUCAAAACUAACCUUAAAAUAAAUUCAUCUGUUAUUGCAGCAGCACCAAAAAAGAUGGGGAAAAAAAGGCUUUCAAGUGGCAUACUUCUCCAAUUACUUUUUUAAAUCAAUUUUUCUGGUGCCUAAUUGAUCUCCUAAAUAACAAAAAAAAAAAAAGAAAUACUUCUUCUAGCUCAAGUCAAGUUAAAAACUGAACAGUUUUAACAAUAAAAUGUUAAUUGGAAGCUAAAAAUACAGUGAAGUACUCCAGAAAUAUCAGUUGUUUUCUACAUUGCCCCACUGAGUUUUCUAUGAGAUCCAUUCAGAAUAAAUAACACAUAUUUCCAACGUCAUUUGUGAGUAAAAGACACUUGCAUUGAAGAUUUUCAUCUAAUGGUCCCAUGUGACUCUUAUUUCAGAACAACUCAAUAGGGUUCACAUUUUAAACUCUCUUUAGUUUCUGAGAUUAGGCAGUCAUUACUAACUCUUGAAAAGUGUGUAUAUAGGGGAAGUGAAGUCUUAACUUUCAGUAAGAGGAUGGAUCUUUGGCUAUUCCCCUUCACACAAUCUCUCCAGGCUGUUCAGAGGUUCUCUCUCAUGCUGUCGCCUCUUCAGCUCUUCCCACAAUGUUUCUGUAGGAUUUAGGUCUGGGUGACUCAGUCUCACCAUGGAGACUGAGGAUUAUGUUUCAAAUGCAUCAUUUCUGUUCUCAUUUCAUUUGUUAAUCAUCAUGGUAUCUCAAAGAGUUCAUGAUGCCAAAGUUUCUAGGCCUGAUGGAAGAGAGACAGACCCACAGUAUCACAGAUCCUCCACCAUACCUUUAUUUUACACCUGGAGUGUUUUUUUCUUUUUUUGCUUAAUAGCUUAAUGUUUGUCAUCUGAUCUAAGCACAUGGUUCAGGUUAAGGUAACCAACAGAGUAUGUCAAACGUUGAGUUUUAUCAAGAUAAAAAUCGGUCCUCGUUCACCUUUCUUUGUUCCAGUUGUAGUUAAUUCUUUAACGUAACUGACUUUUGGUGUGGAACAAAGUUUAGUAACUAUUUUUGUAGACUUCUGAAGAUCAACAUAUGUUGGAUGUCUUUCCAUAUUGCAGAGCUGUUAAGAGAAAUGAGUCCGUCACACUGUUUGUAUACCUCAGGACAAGAAGUCUGAAGUAAAUGUAAAUUUAUGUUAAUAUUAUAUUAGUUUAAUGAAAUAUUUGUAAUUUUUACUGCAUAAAAAUUAGAUAAGAUAUUUUGUUCAUUAUUUUUAAAACUGAGUUGGAGGAAAGAAAAACAAACUCAAAUAUUGGAUUUACUUAGUAUUGAGAUUAAGCUGCUGUGAUGGAGAUGAAUUUACAUUAAGGGUUUUCACUCGUCUGUACCAGGACUGCUGUAUAUUGUGUUUUCAGAAAUAUCAGUUGUUGAACACCCUCAUGCAGUCAAGAAGCACUUUUCAAAGGGAUUCUCUUUGUUUAUGUUUUAUGUGCUCAUGAAAUUGUCUAAAAGGACGAAAAAAAAAAAUUCAAGGAAGAAAAGUCAUGGAUUGAUUUAAAUUUAGACACGUGGCUAGAGUUUAUUAAAGGGACAAUGAUCUGAUUCUUUUUUUUAAAAAAUCCUCUCUAUUUGAUACUGCUAAACCUGAAGUCCUACUUUGAUUAUGUUUCUUAAUUUUACUAAAACUCAUCCAAACAGAGGAGGAGACUGAAAGAGGAAAUCGGGGAUUCGCAGUCCGAUUUAAAUAGAAGGUCUGGAUAAUGGCAGAGUCUUUGUGUUAGUUUCUUGAAUGAGUUAAAUGCAUGAAACGGGGACCAAGAUCAGGUAUAUUUUCCUUAUAUAUUUUAAAAGAUGUAGAUUAUAUUUUAAUAACUUAUUCAUACCCUGAGUUUUGUGGUUUGUUUUCUUUUUAAUUUACUGUCAAAUCUUGUUUUAUUCUUGUGUUUUCACUUUAAUUUAUGGUAAACGGAGGCGUGAAUAUGCGUGUUGUGGAAGAGGUGUCGGGACACUUCGCCGAGGGAACGAGUCGCAGCUGACAGAGCCGCCUGGUCAAUGGUUUUACACCUUCAUCACCUGGACUUUCCCUCUUCCUCUUCAUCUUGCGCUCAGAGCCAUUUGUGCUGCAUCCUGUUUGCCAUGAGUCUCUUUACAUUAGCGGCUGCUUUCUUUGGUUUGAUGUUACACGAUUGAGAGUUACGCGAUGCGUUCAUGUGGCAGAGUCAAACAAGCAGUUGAUUGAAAACCUCUUUUUUAUGGGGACAUGAGGAAUUAUGCAACAUAUUUUAAUGGGUAAGCUUGAUUCAUGUCAAAAGGCAUCAAACGUUCUGUAAAUCAAUGGUUAAGAUCACAUCCAGUCAGUUUAUUUUCAAACCCUCAGUUUGGUUUACUCAUCACUCAAAGCUCAGCAGGAAUAAAAGCCAGUAAACAUUUAUGUUUUAAGUUAUUUGGCUCUUCCUCAAAAGCACCUGAUUCUACUGCAUUUCUGGAUUUAUCUAGUUGCUGCUCCACUGUAGCCCUAAUCAUGACUCGCCUCCCUAAUCACGACUCGCCUCCCUCACGUUUUCCUGUAAAUAUUUGAAGCUGAAGUACAAUGAAACUUUUCGAGCACAGAGUUUCGCUCUGUUAUUGUCUGUAUGGUUGCGAAGCACCCACUAAACUUCACGCGUCAGAUUUAUUCUCACAUUCGUUUAUUUUUUGUUGAAGGCGUGUAUUGCGAUGCAAAUCAGACUCAGUCUAGCAGUGAAGGGCUGACGGUGCGUGUAUGUGAUGAGUGGAUGAUGGAUCUCAGUGUAUGCUGUUAAUUAUUUGACUAUUUUAGUACAUUCCUAUAUUAUUUAUGGCUAUAUUGUGAUUGUAACAAGUGUAUAUAACUUCCAUACACACACACACACACUCUCACUCUCUCUUUCUCUUUAUAAAUAUAUAUAUAAAUAGAUAAAUAUAUGAACCAACCUGUUUGAUCUGUGUUUGUAAGUGGUGAGUUUUGUACAUAUUAUUGUUUAGUUUCUUGUGUUGUUGGGAGGGACGUUAAGUUAUGGCCACCUGAAGUGUGAAGUUCAGGCAUGCAAGCUUAACUGGGGACUGAAUGUCGAUCACUGGUUGGUGGCUGUAGUCGUUUAUAUUAGUUACACUGAACUAUCUAUCACAUUGCCGUGGUAGCGCUCACACUGCCAGCUGCUCGACUCUUUGACCAAGCUUUUUUCUUUUUCUUUUUUACCCAUUCUGCACUGGUAUUUCCUGAUUUAAAGGUUUCGUUACAUUUACUGUUUAAAACACCUGGAAUAUGCUGUAAAGAAGUAAUAAACCUUUGUUUUAGACAUUAGGGAUAUAUGAUCUGUUUAUUCUUUCCCAAAAUUGAAUUAUGAUAUGAAUUAAUUGUUUUGCUUUCUGCUUUUUGUCUGUUGCAAAGUGCCUUCCAAAUACUGAUUGUGCUCAGCAGUGGAUUAAUGAAAAUAAAAUGGUCCUUUUUCUUUUGUAAAGGUAAAAGUUGUACAGAGUGACUUGCAUUGACACUUUUGUAUAAAAAGCGCAAGAUGUACAAUAUGUUACCUUGGUAUUUUAUCAUUGUACUCGACGGGAUUGCUCUUAAAAACACUUGAACUCUGUGUUUUGUUAUGACGUCUGGACAUAUUUCAUUAUGAGCUUACUUUUCUAUAGAUAUUUGUUUUUGUACUCUGUUAUUGAGUCUCGUCUCAAAUUCUUGGUUCAGAGAUGAGAAUCAAAUAAAUUGCAGCUGAAAAUCUCCAAA